AUGACAGCUGAAAGUUACUCAUUGGCAGAGGUGCUAGCUGUCGCUAAGAAACACCCAUUCUAUAACACAGACAUUCCAUACCCCGCCAAUGAAGAAACAAUUCAGAAACUUCGGGAGUUGAUCGCUGACCAAAACGUGAAGCCUGAACUUCAAGAGCAGCCACUUCUUGGGAAGAAAACACUAUACAAGGCCAUUGAACGACUCACACAUGAUGUGGACCCGCGAAAUACCUAUCGCGAAAGUUCCUACAUGAGUAUCACUGGCGGUGGCUCUGGCGGAGUGCCCAUGAUGUUCGCCGUGGAUGUUCACGAGAACCGUCAGCAGAGAUUGCAAAUGGGGAAAUUUCUCAAACUAUGCGGUGUCAUUAAGCGCGGAGAUUGGGUCCUAUCCACUCACUUGGCAGGAGGAUUUUACAGGUCCCUCGAUCUCAUGACAGAGAUCAUGGAAAACGCAGGAGCAACCGUUCUCAGCGCUGGAAGCUACAUGUCACCUACAGAUGUUGCCAAAUCUCUGGCCGACUACCAUGUCAACAUUCUAACCGGCGACGGCAGCCAGGUCGUCCAGACUGUCUAUCACAUCUCCCUCAUGGCAGAGGAGGACCGUAAUCGGAUCAAUCUCGACAAGAUCAUCUACACCUCCGAGCCCUUAACUGGUUCUCAGCGAGCGUUCAUCAAGUCGAUUCUGGGCGACGUCAUGAUCGUCUCUGUCAUGGGAAGUGCCGAGGCAGGACCCUGGGCAAUCAGUAGCCCUGAGUUAACAGGGGAGCAAAGUCUGACCAGCAACAGCACGGACUUCAUCAUCGAUACGCGCAGCAUGCUAGUCGAGAUCGUUUCCCCCUCUGCCGUCGAUGGUGUAUCUUCGUCUGAUUCGAUCGUGCUUCCAGACGGAGAACAAGGCCUCAUCGUGCAGACAUCUCUUCAAAGACUGCGUAACCCACUGGUGCGCUACAUCACUGGUGAUAUUGGUUCCAUUCACACCCUCCCGAGCGCAGCCUGUGCUGUGAUUUCAGAGGCUGAUCAGGAGCAUCUACGUGUGUUACGCAUGCGUGGCCGUGAUCAUCGCUUCAGCUUCAAGUGGUAUGCCUCUUAUUUUGAGUUUGAGAGGAUUGACGCCUUCAUGCAGGCGGAGGACUGUGGUAUCCUGCAGUGGCAGCUCACUUUGGACCGGUUGGAGAGUACACCGCAGGCGACGUUAGAAAUUCGGCUGCUUCGGUCCCCGCCGCGGGAUGGAAUUGUAUCGAAUGACGAUCUUAUCAAGCGCUUGGAGGCUUUCUUCCUUUUGUUCCCUGAGAACGAACAUCUGUUCCGAAUCGUGUUUCUGGAUGGUCUUGAAGGGUUCGAACGGAGUGCUACCGCGGGAAAAGUUAUCAAGUUUGUGAAUCGAUGGAAUUGA